UCUUGUUCUUGUCUCUGCGGGUGUUUAUCUAUGGCAACGUUGCUCGAGAAGAUAGACACUCACGAUUUCUUCACAACCGUCAUCCGAAGCUGGACGACACACAGACGCCACUGGUUGUCGGCCGUCGUCAUCACAAUCGCUCUCAUUUCUCUCUGUAUUUUCACUCCUCUCAACACGUGGCCGGGAUUCACUCACCACAUGUACACUCUCGUCGUGAAUGACACAGACAGACGUGACACAGCUCACGACAUAAUGGCUGGGGAAAGAUGGCGGCUAAUGGAAUUGGAACGAAUAUAUGGUCAGAAUGAGUGCAAACGCAAGGGUCGAGUUUCUAAUCCAAAAUGGGGCUGGAUAACUGCUAUUGCUAAUAAUAAGUUUGUUCUUCCGUCUGUUGUGUUGGGACAUACCCUGAACGUGUUCUCGUGUCAACGCAAGAUGAUUGCUCUCGUGUCACGUGACGUUAGUGCUGUGAAUCGGGGAGCACUUGAGAGGGUUGGUUGGGAUGUGGUCGAGGUUGAAGCACUUGAUUGUAAUUGGCUGGAUAAGCAGCAGGGACGAGAGCCGAGAAAUAUUGGGAUACUGGGCACUCAUAUGCGGUUCCAUGUGUGGACGUUCAGCUCAUAUGAAAAACUCAUUUAUAUUGAUGGUGAUUUUCUUGUUUUAUCGAAUAUCGAUGAGCUGUUUGAAAUCAAUGGGGAGUUUGCUGCAUGCCAUUGUGCUCGUCCGGGAAUGAUAGAUCUCUGUUUCAAUGCCGGACUCGCGGUCAUUCAGCCUUCUAAACAAACUUACUCUGACAUAAUGAAGUACUGGAAGGAGCGGGGAUCAAACGGACGCUGCAUCAGUGAUCAGCUGUUGUUCUGGUACUUCUUUGGGGGCUCCAAUAGAUGGACGCCUAUAUCGUAUGCAUAUAAUGUUAGACGAAUGAUCUAUUGGCCUAUGAAGGCGUAUCACUUUGCUGGAACUAUUUUUUACAAGAAGCCAUGGGAGUAUUGCCCUCUUCCAACCAAGGACGAAGCUUUGAAGUUCGAUGGUCCAAUCAGAGUUGUGGAAGAUUUAUUUGUAUUGUGGUGGAAGUUUUUCUAUGAGAUGCAAGAAAAGUAUCGUCUUACUGAGUGGUGGGAUCAGUUCCAGAAGAAUGUUUUAAAGUUGAGACAAAAUGGAGAUUGUGGGUGAUGUAUUUAUUUUGAUUUGCAGCGUGUAAAUGACGAGCUAGUUUUGCUAACAUAGGGAAGUAUGUUUUGUCUAGUUUGUGACUGUUUGUUACUGUUUGGGCUUUAGUAUUUAAUUAAUUCACUUAAUUAUAG